UGCCCACCCCCCUCGUGCCCGCAGCGCUGCGUGCGCCUCCCUUUCCCACCGUCCCUUUCGCCCCGCACCCUGUCGGAGACCGACGCUCCUCCCCUUCCUCCCCUCCCCCUCCCGCCACGCGCCUCGGCGUCGCCUCCACUCCCCUCGGCCGCCCCCUUCCGUGCGGAGGCGGCAACCUGUGACGCCCCGAGACCAAGCCGGCGCACCUGCUCCCACUGGAAAAGUAGCCGUUGCGGCGUCGCAUUUAUAGCGACCGCCAGGCGCCGCGAUGGCCGCGCCUCGGCGGUGAGGAGGACGAGCAGGAGCGCGCUCGGUGGUUGGUGGGGCGGAGAUGCCGCUGGUCAGGUUCGAGGUGCGGAAUGAGGUCGGGCUGGGCGACCCCGGGCUGUACGGCGGCGCGGGGGCAGGGAAGAGGGGCGCCGCCGCCGCCGGCGGGGAGCCCGAGCCCAAGGCGCUGCUCGAGGGCGUCGCCGUCGCGGGCCUCGUCGGGAUCCUGCGCCAGCUCGGAGAUCUCGCGGAAUUCGCGGCAGAUGUUUUUCAUGACCUACAUGAGCAAGUUAUAACUACAUCGGCCAGGGGGCGUAAGGUGCUGACCCGAGUACAGAACAUUGAAGCAGCACUUCCAUCUCUUGAAAAAGCUGUGAAGAAUCAGAAGAGCCAUAUACAUUUUGCUUAUGUACCAGGCUCUGACUGGCACACACAACUUCAAAAUGAGCAAAAUCAUCUCCUAUCCAGUGAUUUGCCUCGGUUUAUGAUGGAUUCCUAUGAAGAAUGCCGAGACCCACCACGACUUUACCUUCUUGACAAAUUUGACAAUGCUGGUGCUGGGGCUUGUUUGAAGAGAUAUUCUGAUCCAUCAUACUUCAAGAAAUCAUGGGAUGUGAUGAGAGCAGACAAGACUUCACAUCUCCAAAAAGAAAGGAGAUCUCAUAAAAUUAAGAGAAAAGGAUCACGCCUAAAAGAACCAUACCAUGGACAAGUCACAUCCAGGCAUAGGAAUGGUGAAUUGCAGCGAGCACUCACUGCUGUUCAACUUACCAGCAGCAGGCAGUGUGCAUCUCCCAGCAUGGAUGGCCGGAGUUUCUCAGAGCAUAGAUCUACAUCUGAUGCAAGAUCCAACCCUGACAAUAUAAGCAGAUCUUCUUCAUUUAGUUCAAAGGCACGACUGAGUUUUGCAGAACAAGCUUCAGAUACAAAGCCUUCUGUAGUUCCUCAUGAUAAUGGUCAUGACAAGCUGUCAAAUAUUAAUACACACAAGCUUAAUGAUGCCUCUUCCCCCAUCUUGCUUAGCGGGACCAGGGCAGAUGAUCUGGAUGAUGAUUCGAAGCAAGGUUCCCUCUCAGAUGAGAUGAAUGCUAAUUCACCAUCUGUUGAAUGGCAUGAAAAGACUGCAAUUGUCAUGACUACAAGUUCUGUCUACUGUGACGAUGUCGUCAUGGAUAGGGCUGAAAAUGCAGAAACUAAACCUAUUAAGCCUGUGCAGCGAGAAGUUGAUCACAGGGAGAUGGAGACCUUGGAGCAGCAAGGGGCCUUACUUCAGAAGGCGAAGUUGUUAUUACUGUCUUCAGGCUUAAACCCCCGUGAUGAAGUCCCCAGUGAAACAGACAACUAUAUGGAUGCACUUAACACACUUGAAUCUGAGACAGACACUGAGGCUGACUUUCAAACUAAAAAACGAGGGAAGCCAGUACAUUCCUUCAAUGCUCAUGGACCUCAAAUAGAGUCGGCAGAUAACAUCGUUGCACAGCUUCCUGAUUCUUCUCCCGCUGAAUUUCCUGAUACAAGUCCAAAUUACAGAAUGUUACAUACUUUUGAAAGAACUGCCGAUUUCCCCAGUUUGUCAAGUGCAGAUGCUCCGGAUAUUUCACAGCAUGCAUUGUCUGGUUAUACAGAUAUACAUCCUAAUGAAUGGUCAUCUGUUACCACCAUCCCUGAGAAUAAUGCAAAUGAUGCUGCCGGAGACCCCACUGAAAUUUCAGAACCGGCAUUGCAAGCAUAUACAGCUACACCACCCAAUCAGAGCCCCCCUCAUGCAAAUGAGAUUCCUGAGAGUAAGGCAGAAGUUAAUCCCAGAGAUUCUCCUGAGAUAUCAAAACCAGGGCUGUCAACCUAUGCAGUUUUUCCUCCCAAUAAAGAAUCUGUUGUCAAUCAGAUCCCUGAGAGUAAUGUAGAAGAUGCGUCAGAAGAUGGUACCAAUGAAAGCACUAGUUGUCUUGUACCGGAACCUGCCAUUUCCUUUGCUCCAGCUAGCGAGGCAUCUCCUGCAAAAAUCUUAACUGGUGAUACCACUGGUAACUCUCUAAUUCCUGAAAGGGGUCCUCAGGAUUAUCCUGGAGAAAAUCAUCAGGAAUUUGGUGGCUGUGGCAUGGCUGAAGUGUCUAAUUCACAGACCAUGCCUUUGAAUGAGUCAUCAGGGAAUGGAUCUGCAACCCAACACCUUCCCACACAUGCUCCUACUAGUUCUGUAGAAUUAUCUUCUGUUAAGCUCUGGACAAAUGCUGGGCUCUUCGGACUUGAACCGUCUAAACCUCCAAUUGGCAUAUAUCCUGGUUCUGCAAGCCAAAGCUACCCAGAGACUAAUCAAUCAGCCAUAAGAGCACCUGAUGCAGUUUAUAGUCAAACAGACCGGCCCUCAGAUUCUUCCACAUAUUUUGAGCACAGGGAGCACAACAAUUUGAAUGGCAAGCAAGCUUCAAUAAGUGAGCUCCUAGAAUCUGAAGGUCAUGCUGAAAAUGGUGCUGAAACAUACUCUGCCACUGACUUGGCUGGAAGGAAUAACUUGCACGUGGUGUCUGCGUCAAGCUUGAGUAUUCUAUAG